CCAGUGACAUGCCGUGAGGCGACCGCGAUCGCGGCCUGCACCGGGCCGCGCGCCGCCGGCGCUAUGUUCCGCCGAGCCCGCCUCCAUGUGCGGCCCAACGUGCGACCCGCGGGCAGGGGCGCCGGCGGCGCGGCGGACCCGGAGCCUCAAAGCUCGAGCUCCCCGGCGGCUGCCGGAGCAGAGGCGGCGGCGGGAGCGGCGACCGAGCCCCCGGCGACCGAGCCCCCGCCGGCCUCGCAGCGGGCUGGGAGCGAUGACAAGGCUGAUAGUUCAAUUGAUGCUGGAGAGGCUAGUAAACCUGCAGAGAUGCCUACACAGAGAAGAAAACGGAUCUGCACCAUGCCCAAUCUUGUCAAACCCAGAGCUGGACCUUCGUCUGCUCAGCGUUCUACAUCAAAACCACAAAGACGAGCAUCACAGACUCCUGAUGGCAGUGCUCCACUUCAGAAGGAUUCCUCUCCAUCAGAAAAGAGUAGUGUUGAAAGCUCUUCAAAGUCUCUCAUGCUGCCUGAAAAGAAAACACCCGUGCCACAAGUGCCACAGUUUUCCCCACUAAAAAAAAUGGUGAACAAAGAGCAAACUAUAGGUGUAGCUGCUCAAAAAAAUGAUGAUACCUUGCAGAACAUACCCUCCCCACUCAAGGAGAGACCAACACAGGAAAGGUCGAGAACACAGGAGGAAAAGCCACCUACGAAACCUGCUCCUGUAAAAGAGAAACAAAUGUGUUCUGACCGUGAAAGGAUCCUCAAAGCUCAGAAGUUAAGAGAAAUGCUUAAAGAAGAGCUGAAGAAGGAGCGGAUGCAGUUGAAACACAGACCUCCGAUAUUUGAAGGACGUUCUCCACCAGAUCGUUCUAAAAUGACCAUGAGAGACUUGAUAUACUAUCUGCCAGAAAACAAUCCUAUGAAGUCUUCACUGGCAGAAGAAAAGAGAACAGAAAAAAAUUCUGCACUGGGUCAAAUGAAAGAACAGGAAGAGAAAAGUAGUCCUGAUCAUGAAGAUGAGGAGGAGGAAGAAGCAGAGAAUGGGGAGGACAGUCAGGAUGGUCCACUUCUAGUUCCUCGUGUAAAAGUAGCAGAAGAUGGCUCCAUUAUUCUGGAUGAAGAAAGUUUAACUGUAGAAGUUCUAAGAACAAAAGGUCCAUGUGUUGUAGAAGAAAAUGAUCCCAUCUUUGAGCGUGGCUCUACAACUACGUAUUCUAGCUUCAGGAAAAGUUUUUACUCCAAACCAUGGUCAAAUAAAGAAACAGACAUGUUCUUUUUAGCUAUCAGUAUGGUAGGAACAGACUUCUCCUUGAUUGGACGGCUGUUUCCUCAUAGAGCCAGAGCAGAAAUUAAGAACAAGUUCAAACGUGAGGAAAAAACUAAUGGAUGGAGGAUAGACAAAGCUUUCAAAGAAAGGCGGCCCUUUGAUUUUGAGUUCUUUGCCCAGUUGCUUGAGAAGGUCUUAGCAGAUGAGGAAAAGAGAAAGCAAAAGACUGUUAAAAGCCAGAAGCCAAAGGAAAAGAAGCCAUCAAGGCCUCGGAAGAAGCCAAAAGCAGCAAAAGCUGCCAGCACAGAAGCUGCUAAUGAUCAAGAUGAUCUUCAGGAAGCCAGAAUUUCUGAUGCAGAAACAGAAGGAGAUGCUGUGAUGGCUGAGAAGGAAAAUGAGGAAUCUUUGAGCCUCUCUAAACAGGCAGAAGAACAGGUUUCAUUAGAGCCAGCACUGGCAAAAGAGAAGAGGAAAAAAAAGAGAAAAGAUGAUCUUGAACAGGAAGUGGAGAAUCUUCCAGAAGAAAUGUCUGUCCCUGCAAAAAUUGCCAAGGAAGGGAAGUCUUCUGAGAGAACAGAAAAAAAUGUAGUAUGUGAUGUAAACGGUGAUGGUCAUACUACCUGUGGAGAAGAACUGGGUGGUGUUAUUGAAGGAAAACAAGGUGAGACUGCUGUUCCAGAGGAAGAGAGAUCAGACUCCUGUUUACUAGUGGAUGACAUAAUGGAGAGAGAAAGUGAUGUCAAUUUAUGCAGCUUUGAAGAUAGCAAUGAUGUUAUAUUAGAAACAGGAUCUGCUGAACUAAGAACUCUAGGUACUAGGGAUGAUACAUCACAGGAAAGCCAGAUUUCAGAGUUACCAGUUUCAAAGAUCAGAAGCAAAGAAAGACAAUCUGAAGAGACUAGAGAAACAAAGAACAAAGGUGUAUGUGACUUACACAGACCAGAUAAAAAACAGAGUGUAUCAGAAAGUGAUUCUCAGUCUGAAGUCACGAAAACUGAAAAGCCAGCAGACAGAGGGCACUUGCAAAGACCUAAACCUACUUUUAGGAGAUCAUCUGGAAGGAGUGAAGCAGCAAUCCAAAAGAAAAUGGAGGCUGAAACUUCCACUCCAAACCUUGUGAAUACAGAUGAAAAGUACUCUGAGGAGGACAGUAGAAGAAACAGAAAUGAAGCCACAGAAGCAGAGAACAUGGAUUUGGAUACUAAAUCUGAAGAACCUGAGAAAACUGUAACUGCAAAGGCAAUAAUUAGAGGAUGUCGACAGAGAUUUAAGCCUAAUGUUACAAGAGCAUCUGGAAGGAAAGAAGAGCCUCAAAAAGAUGCAGGAAAGGAUAAAAUGUCCCAUCCACAGCCUAAGGGGGAGACUGAAAAGAAUACUGACCAAAAUAAUAGUUCUGAUGCUACCAGUGAAGAAGCUGCAGGAAAAGAUGAUAAAGUCCUGGAGACAGUGUCUCAGUCUAAUGAAACAGCUGUUUUACAAGAAGACAGCAAACAGAGUGUGCUGAAACCAACACCUCUAGAGAGAGGCAGAGUGCAGAGACCAAAACCAAAUCUAGGAAGAACUGCUGCAAGGCAAAAAGACGUGACAGAUGAAAAAGAUCCUGAAAAGCAGAAAACUGAAGGUGGAGAAGUAGAAGAACAUGCGAUACACCAUAGGGAUGAAAAGAACGACCCAGACCUCAAGAAUGAUGUGACGAUUCAUGAAGACAUUCAGCUGUGCAAUGUCAUGUUAGAAGGGGAUGUUUCUACAGAUUCUGAGAUGAACUCAACACCUACAAGGCAGUGUUCCGAAGAAAAGUCCUCAGAAGCAGAAAGUUAUGAAAGUGAAAAGGAAUUGUCAGAUGUCUUGAAACAGAUGUCAGAUUUCAGCACAGGGGAGUCUGGUCCUCGGAAGGAAGAGGAGAAAACCGUUGCAUCAUCAGCUCCGCUGCUGAGGAGUCGAGUCCACAGACCAAAGCCAAAUUUAAGAAUGACAACUACUAGAAAGGAAGUGCUGGAUGUAAAUAAUAAGAGUGUAUCACAGAAAGAUACCAACAAAGAAGAAAGUCUGACACAAUGUGACAGUGAAUGUAGCAUCCUUCCUGAUACAGAUAAAGCAGGAAAAUAUGAAGUAAUGCAGCCAUUGGAAUCCUUAGGAAAGGAGAAGUCACUUGGCACUCAGGAAGUUUCUGAGAGGCCAAGCUGUAAGUCACCAAAGACAUUUUCAAGAUCAGAGGAUGGUGAACUCAAGUUUUGUCUCCCUGAAAUUGUCCAAGAUGACACCUCAACUACUAAUGCAGACAAAAAUACCACUGAAGAUGAAAGUAAGCAAACACCUCUUCAACCUGUCCAGCUAGUGAGGAGUAGAUUUCAGAAGUACAAGCCAAGCUUCGUAAGAGCUGUUGGAAAGAAGGAGUUACAAAUAGCAGAAAAUGAGAGGGAGAAAAAUCCUGAAGCAGAGCAGUUGGUAUUGCAAAAAGAUGAGUCCACCAAUUCUGUCAUAGAUGAAAAUGAAGCUAGAUUGUGUCAAGCAAAUGUACUGAGCAAAGAGGAGCAGGAACAAGAAGUGCCUCAGGUGCCUUGUAUCUCUGAAGACACACUGUGCAAACAAAACAGCGCUGAAAAAUCCAUUUCCCAAGAAGGCAAACUGGGUGCUCUGAAACCAGGACAAUUCAUAAGGCAUGGAUGUCAGAGAACUAGACCAAACCUAGAAAGAGCAUAUAGUGAAAAAUCUCUAGUGGCACAACAUCUUGGUGCUUCAGUUGAAGAAGAAGCUAAUAAAGGAGAGAAUCUGCUUGUGGCUGAGGAAUCUGAGGAGCCUCUUUCCUCAAAAGAAGAUACGGAAGUAUUGUUUGUGGGGAAUUUGGCCAAGAAUGACAAUAUAGACAUAAAUCUAGAACAAGAUCAUCUACCUACAGAUGCUGUAGGAGACAUUCAGGAUACCACAGAAAGGUCCAAUGUUAAAUUAAGUUCUGGAGAAGAAAGUAAACAGAGUGACACAAAACAUUUUUAUGAAGCGGGAAAACCCCACUGGAACACAAGGCCAAACCUAGAGAGAGUUACUAGAAAAAGAGAUUAUCCUGAAGAAGGUGAAAACAGAGAAGAGGGCAAUGCUGGCAACAGAAAUGCAGAAGUGUGUUUGGUGUCAGAAAAAACAGGUUUAUCCUUGCAAAGCUCUAGUAACAUAGUGGAAGCUGCAUCCUUCUCAGAGGCUACAAGAAAACACAAUUUUACAGACUCUGGUGAAGAAACAUCUUGUAAAAGAAUCAGGCAGGAUAGUAGACUCCAGUCUUCAGAAAGAUCAGCGGAGGGUGAGACUCAAAUAGAACAAGAAGAUGAUUUUCAGCUUUCUACCUCUCAGAAAAAAGAUUCAGACAAUCUCACAAGAAGGCAGUCCAAAAGGUCAUCAAAAUGGGUAGAGCUGCCAAAGCAUGUCUCAGAGCUAAGAACUGCUGCUGCUUCUGCCUCUGAAUGUGAGGCUGAUUGCAGUGAGAAGGGGAAUCAAAGGCAAGAAGUUAAACUGAGUGCUCCUAGAGGCAAAAGUUUGACAAUUACACAUAGAAAGAAAUCUGGCAAGGAGCACAGAAGUUCAAAGACAACCUUGGUGACCCUCUGGGCUUCUCAAGAAGAAGAGGAGGAGGAGGAGGCAGAUGACUUUGAGCCUGAAAAUGAAGAUGAAUGCUUUCCACCAGAGGAAGUAAACAAAGCUCCAGUAUUUGUUCCUAUAAGUCUUCGAUCUCCAGAACCUGUUCCUGUUCAGAUAGAGGAAACCAUGGAGGAGCUGGAAAUAUCUGUGAAUAUACCAGAUGUGCAGGUGGCUACUGAUGUUGAAAGUCUCUCUCAUGCAUCUGUCCAGCCAAUGGUACAGAGGGAGGAAAAAGUAAACACCUUAACAUCAGAAACAACCGUACAUGAAAAUCCAGAGGUGGACAAAGGAGCUAAUGAUGGAAGCGCUGAAGCUGCCAUGACUUUACUUGCAAUGGGUGAUCCAAUGUUCCAGUUAAAAACAAGCACUGAAGAAUGGACACACAUCUUACCCACUCAAGAUGAGUUGGACAUGGCCAGUAGCCUUAUAACCCAUGCCUACUCCAAACAAAAUACAACUUCUAGUCAGUAUUUACUGUCUUCAGACUCUUCUACCAAGGAAUUGGUCCCAUCUGAGAAUGGAAGCAGCAUUAAUCUAGAGGAUCAAAGCACUGGCACAAGAAUAGAUGUUGAAGAAUAUUUUGAGAAAAAUGCUACAGAUAACAGUGAUAGCUCUUUGCCUAUGGUGAAUAGUAUGAGACUGACAAAAGACAGACACCUGAAGCUUGAGCCAGCCUUUGGAGUAUUGAGGUCAGAUGAAAAAGUAAUUCAGAAGCCAUUUAAUACAAAUGUACUUGUGGAACAACUAGAGCAAGUUCAAAGUGAGUAUACAACCCUGAGAGGUACCACAGAAAUGCAGAAGGUGGAACUAGAACAGGUCAGACCAGCUGCGGGUGAUUCUUCAGUUCUUCAUGAUUUUGCCACUAGAAGUAUGGAACUUACCGUGCAAGUAGAUGAAACUGAGAGAACAGAAAAAAGGAUGAGAAAUGCUUGUGGAAAUUCAGGAGAUUUAAGACCUGUAACUGCGUCACCAAAACCUGAAAAAUCUCACCUUCAUCUAGAGGACCAUCCAGGUCAGAGUUCUGUGGAUGGACUUCCUGAGCAAAAUCUUUGUUCUUCUGAGCACGAUAGAGCCACAAUUGACUUUACUCAGAGUGAAGCUUGUGCUCAGGAUGCUCAACAACCAUGCAUGAGCAGCACAGAAGAGACUUCAGUAGUGAACAAUGAUCAUAGAUGUCCAGAGGAGGAACAGACAUUCAUUUUAACAUUGGUGGAAAUCCCAGCUGACUCAAAAGAGUUUGAUGCAUCUGCUUUGCUGGAACAAACUUCAGAACCCUUACUACCAGCCCCAAUACUUAUCAGCCCAAUAAACGCAAGUGAAACAAGUGUGACUGAAGUGGACAGCAUUGGAUCCUUGACAACUGCAGCUGACGAAUUUGCUGCACCUUUAAACAGCAGUAGUGAAACCAAACACCUGGAGAGUGCAUCACCAGAGCCCAUUUCAAAUUUGAAGACAACUCAAAAAAGGACAUCUGCUGAGCUUGAAGAUGAUGAUUUUCCUCCUGCCAAAAAAACAUCUGCUGUUGUACUAGAAGGUAACUCGGAAACCAUUUAUAAGGGUUAUUCAAUAACAUCAACAAAUGCUCCAAUGAUAGUUUCAGGGAAUCCUUUUCAAAAAGCAGAGGCUUCAGCAAAGGAAAAAGUACUUACCUCUAUGUUGGUGUCUGAAUCUAUGUCACAACUGCCUGAGAGAAGCCAGCCUGAGACUUUGGAGAACUUAGGGGAAGCACCACUUGAGAAUUCGGCAUCCAAACAGGAAGAGGAGGUGAUGUCUAGAUUAACCUCUAACAGUAAAGCAGAUGCAAGUGGACAAGGAAAGCAGGGGGAUAUGUAUGAAUCUGGACAGUUGGAACAUACUGGAAGCCUAGCAUCAUCUUCAAAAACUCCGUUAGUCAGGGGUGGACGAAAACCGUUGGGAUUUUUAUCUUUAAUUUGCAAAAAAAGUAGUUCUGAAUCUAUAGAAGAUACCAGACGUAAUAAAGGAAAGAUGCAAAAACCUCGGAUUGUGACUCCAAAGCUAAGUCUAAAGAAGCCCACUCCAUCCACUAAGGAUGAUAGGGAAUCUUCCUCCCUUCCCUCUACAAGCACAUCAUCUGUGGAGUAUGAGAAUGUAGCUGCUGAUGCUGCAGUUAUGGUUCCAAGUAACAAGCCAUCUGAGAAGCCACCCCCUGGUGCUAAAGAUCAAGAGAAGGAGGAAGAGCCAACCAGAAUCUCUGAGUAUUUUUUCAGUGACAUUUUUAUGGAAGUGGAUGAUUCAGAAUAGCAAAUUUGCUUUAUAAAAACCUGGGAUCUAAGAGUAUAAUGCAACAAGAAGAGUAUUUUUUAAAAGUUCUGAUUUGUUCUGAUGUUCAUUAUGCCACACUUACUGUCAGCCAAGCUGCUGUUAACAAAUUCCAUAAAGAUGAAAUGGAUUGCUUCUAAAGCAACCUGGAUACUUUCAAAAUUUGACAUAAUCUAAACCAUUAUACUGAUAUCAUUGAACCAGACUAGUGGCUGGUGGCUUACAGUUUCACUUGUUUAGAUGCUUCAUAAUGGGUGCAUGACUAUCUUCCAGAAAAGUGCAAUGAAAAUAUGCUUAAUCUUGUGACAAGUAUCCCUUUGAAUUUUAAUGCUAAAGCUUGUGAUACUGUCUAUACAAGUUCUUUACUUCUUUUUGUGAAGUAUGGUAUGUCAGUAUGUUAGAAGGAGGAAUGAACCUAUUAUGUAUAGUGUAAUCUUUCUAGAUCAGGAUGCAAAUACUGGAAGUAGUGUAGUAAAUACAUACAUAUGUUCAGCACUGCAGAUAUUUUUGUUAGCAUCUCCAAAAUACAUAUUUUUGUAAGAGUUUUUAAACAUGAAUUAAAAGAUCCUAAGCUGAAAAGCCAAACAGGUUUAGUUCCUUAAAAAUAUAUUGAGAGCAACCAGAAAAACACCAUUUACCAAAAGAUGCUAUACAAUGUUAAUCUUUGCAACUGUUCUGUUGGAGUGGGAGGAAGAGGUUAAUGGUUUCUGGUAUAAAUGCCAACUCCCUUCUAAAUUUGAAAAAAGGAGAAAAAAAAUUCUCUUCCUUAGUUUUACAUGUAGGUGUUUGUAUAUUUGCUGACUGCCUUGGCUUCCCUUGUGCAAGGUAGAACAAACAGACUGGAUUUAAACCAUGACUAUACAAUGUGGUUGCUUUGGGGGUUUGCUGCUUUGAAGCAGUUAAAUUUGAAUAGUUUUCCUCAUGUUGCAUGUCUUCUUGUACUGUAACUUGCCAUACAGUGAUGUUGUAGCUUUAGAUAUGAGUCUGAUUUUUUUACUUGCCUCAUCAAGGAGGUUGUCUUGAUGAGGUAACAACGUUCAUGCAGUCUCAAAGUCAGGUGGUAACUGAAAGAUUCAAUAUUUAUUCUGAAACUCCUUCUUACACAAAAAUGAGUGUGUAGAUUUAAGUAGUCUAAAUUUUUCUCCUGUUUCUUAAUACCUGCAGGUACUUUUGGAAAACAAAUUAUUUAUUAUAAAAGUGAAACCAAUGUGUAAAUGGUAUUGUUAUGCUCUCGAGACACCUGUCUUUGGUCUAGAGAGUCAUUUACUGGGAAAUCUUUUCAUGUAACUAUCUAGUUACCAAUUCUGAAGUACUUCAUGAGGUUUGAGAAUGUCUUUUUCAAGUUGUUGACGAGGCUUCUGAAGGAACCUUUAAAAUUUUGUCAGCAUCUUUUUGAGGUGGCGCAAAAGGGACCAACAGUCCCAGUGUAAGGUAACUUACUUGAAAGCAUACUGUCACCACCACACACACCCAAAAAAACCUCGCAAACCAAACCAAAACCCCACUACCACCAACAGUUUCUGUUCAGACAGUAUACUUACGCUUUGCCUAAUCUAUUUAACUUGAAAUGUUGAUCUCAGUGUUGUCUUAACUGUAAACAUGAGGAAAUGGAUUAAUCUGUACAUAAAACUCCAUGUGUUAUAUAUAUCUUGUAGAUAUUAUUUUAUAUGUGCCGGUGUUUAGUUCCUGAUCCAUGUGGCAUGUUUAAAUCACUUGCACUGAUAGAGCCUAAAAAUAGAUGUUUGGGGAGUCUAUAAAAUAAUUGCCCUAAGUACUUUCUGAGGUGAUAACCAUUCUGUAUUUAGUUGGGUACAUUUUAGCUUGCAUUUGUAUUACAAGGGGGGAAAAAAGCCAGAACAACUAUUUCGUUACUAAGAUUGUAGGUGCCUUAUCUACCUUGUUAAUUGGGGCUACACAUUUUUUUCCCUGCAGUAAAUCGCAUGCACUUUGUUAUUGGUUUGCUGUUGGUUUUUUUUAAAGAACAAGUUUAAUUUGCGUAGAAAUAAGACAACUUUGUGUUGUGUUUUAUGUAUGAAAGUUUUAUAAUGGUGAAGGAUGUAAGAAAAGAUUGGUGAAAUCUCAGUGCGUAUUACUUCAGCAUUUCUACAAAAAUGUGGUGUAAGAUUGCUUUGCUUAGGGCUGUCUUGACACCUUGUAUCAUUGCAUAUAAAGGAAGUAGCCAUACUGCUGUAUGUAAAUUAUGUGAAUAAAUUAUUUUAUAUUA